AUGGCCGAAUUUUUCGCCGGCUUAGGACGAGUUGUCGGACGUACCCCCUACACGGUGAUAUCGCUAUGUUUAACUGUAUGUGUAGUGCUUAGCGUUGGAUUUGUCCGAUUCGAAGAGGUGAAUAGUGUUCGAACCGAAUAUUCACCGAUGGAUAGCCCAAGUCGAAAAGAGUACGAGGUGGCAAAAUCGUUCCUGAAUCAGAAUGGAACAUUGGAUCCAUCGUAUGUGAUGGUAUUCGCCACGGAUGGCGGAUCACUUCUUCGCGAGACGCAUCGACAUCGCCUCAUUGAACUCACGAAAACACUUCAAGACAACGUUACCGUCGAAUUUCGAGGAAAAUCAUACGAGUUUCGAGAUCUAUGCGAACCGUAUUGCGAGUUGAACACAGCUUUCUUAGCAUUUUUGAAGUUGUACGAUCCGGAAAAUCCAUCCACGUACACGUAUCCACAAGUGGAAAUCUUUGGCACGCAAGCUUUUAUUGGGAAUAAUGUUUACGGUAUUACGUUAAAAAAUGGAACGAAACAAAUCACUGCCUUCACCACAGCAAUUCUACCGUUCUAUUUGGUGACCACGUAUGAAAACGCUAAUGUGAUCUAUAAAUGGGUUAUUGCUGCACGAGAAGCGUUUCGUGAGGAACGAUUCAACAUUUUUAAGUGUGAAAUCACCGGCGAUUCGUUGGUAUCGGCCGAAGUACGACGUAUGGGAUUAGAAACAGCACCGAUGAUUGCAUUGUCGGUCCUGGCGAUGAUUCUCUUCGUGGUGUGUUUCUCGUUUCGACGUGAUCCUUCACGUGCAAAACCGUGGGAAUCGCUUGUUGGUUGUCUAAUUCCGUUACUCGCCCUACUCUCUACUACUGGUCUUUUAUGUUGGUGCGGAUGGAAAUUCCAGUCGAUCAUCGUUGCCGCAUUUUUCCUCGUACUUUCCGUUGGAGUAGAUGAUGUUUUCAUAAUUCUUCGCGCUUGGGAUCGAACAAGUGCAGAUGAUGAGGUCCCGGAACGAAUGGCAAUAACACUAGAAGAAUCUGGACCUAGUAUACUUAUCAGUUCCAUAACGAAUGCAAUGGCAUUUUUUAUCGGAAUGAUGUCACAAACGCCGGCAGUUCGUUCGUUCUCGCUCUAUUCGGCCAUAGCGAUCACUAUCUGCUUCUUCUAUCAGCUGAUCAUGUUCAGCGCUGUUCUUGCAGCUAGCGGAUAUCGUGAACGAAAUGGAUUACAGAGUUUCUUGUGUUGGAAAAAAGCAAAUCCAAAGGCACGUUCUGUUCUUGUUGAGCGUGUUGUAUGGCUGCAGAACAUCGUAAUACGACAUUAUUCGCGAUUUAUAUGUACCUGGUUUGCAAGGAUUAUAUUGGUGGUGAUUAUGGGCUGCUAUUACUAUGCUAGUACAGUUGGAAUAAUGCAACUACGAACACUGAUCACCAUCGAGAAAAUGGCGCUUCCCGAUUCGUACCUGCAAUCAUUCCAGGACACUUUUGAAUCUUCAUUGAAGAAUAUGCAACCGAUUAGUGUCUUUGUAAUGAAUCCUGGAGAUUUAAGAGAUCCCCAAAGGCUUGCAACGAUUAAACGAAUUGUGGCAGAUUUCGAGAACGCCACGUACAGCUAUGGAUCCGAGAGCACUUUUUUCUGGAUUCAAGCCUAUGAAGAUUUUUUAAAUUUUUAUGGUGAAACCGACGAAUUCACCUACGCUGAAAUGCCGACAUUUUUCAAGUCGGCCACCUAUUUCUAUUUGUCCUCAUUUGUGAAAUAUAAUGAGACUGCAUGUUUGGAAAAUGAUCCAAAAUGUAUCACAUCGUUUUUCUUCAUGACAAAUUUCCACGAUCACAUCAAAUAUCACGAACUGAUACCAGCAGUGAAAGAUUGGCGACGUAUAGCUGCUAAAUAUCCUGACUAUCAGGUUUAUGCUUACUCGGAUCAUUCACCAUUUGUGGAUCAGACACUUGCUAUUGACUCGACAGUAUGGAGUUCUAUGGGAGCGGCUCUACUCUGUACCGCUAUCGCAUGCUUCGUAUUUAUUCCGAAUUUAGCAUGUAUAAUUACCGCCUGUUUCUCUGUCCUAUCGAUAACGGUUGGCAUACUCGGACUGCUUAGUUUGUGGGGAAUCGACCUGGAUCCGCUAUCUAUGGCCGCCCUGUUGAUGGCUGUCGGUUUUUCAGUCGACUUCACUAGCCAUUUUGCUUAUCAUUUUUACAAAUCUAAACAGCAGGAUCCGGCCUUACGAGUAGAGGACGCGCUGGCCUGUAUUGGUUGGCCUUUGAUGCAGGUAGGAUUGUCGACAAUUUUGGCGAUCGCACCACCACUUCUAAAACCAUCCUACAUGGUGCUUGUCUUCAUGAAAACAAUCGUUGUUGUCUGUUCGUUGGGGAUGUUUCAUGGCUUAGUGGUUAUGCCAGUUAUACUGACUGCGGUCACAAGGCGAAAAGACGACAUGACAUCGUCAAGGGUCACUGAAGCCAGUGAGCUAUCGGAGCGUUCCUCAAAUCGUAGUUCCGUGGAUAGUGAUGAUGUGGCAUUAUCGCUCGAUCCACCAUCAGAAACGAUCGAAAUCUCCCCUGCCAUUGCGGCACCGAAUUCACCGAUUCAUUUAUUUGUAUUGGACCCACAAAAACUACGAAGCAAUGGAGGUGAGAAACUCAAACUGGAAGCUUUGGGACUACUCUCAGGGGAUGAGCAUGAGGUACCAAUUGAAGUGAAGACUUUUCCCGACGACAGCCCUCAAGAUGUACCACCAUUUGAGAAGGAAAACUACGAACUCAUCUUGGAACACAAUUUUGAAGAAAGAGAAAUAGCGAUAGUCAAGCUAAAAACAGAUCCACCGCAUGGCACUAAAUUCUCGCUUAUCGGAUCGUUAUCGGAUCGAUUCAGCGUGAAAAAUGAGGGACAGUUGAUCUACGUGACAGCAAUUCCUUGCGAAAAUAAAUGCGCUACGCCACAAACGUUCACACUUCUUCUUUUGGCUACAAAUAAAAAGUCGCAACAGAUCGCCACCCUCAGCUUCACCACACUGAAAGAUCAUAAAUUUGCGUUCCUGGAUUCACCAUAUGAGGCGGUCAUUCAAGAGGAGAGUGGAAUUUUUGAAAAAGCAAUGAAAGCAAUGACAACUGGUGCCAUGGGAGAUGUCACGUACUCGCUAGAAGAUAAUACUGGACUUUUUUCUAUCCAUCCAAAAAGCGGUGUUCUCAUGGUCCAACAUCCUGAAUUCCUUACAAUGGGUGGACAAGGCUCACAGCUGAAUAUCACAGUGUUGGCGAAUGAUGGGAAAGCAACGAUCAAAACAACAGUUAAAGUCACGCUAACUCGAGCAGCGAAAAAUUUGAAAGGAUUCAGAUUCGCUAAGGAAACCUAUGCGUUUACUGUUUCUCCUGGACAAACUUUAAUCGGAUCAGUAGAAGUAGCAGAUGCCGGUACUAAUACGGUACAUUACGAUAUCGCUGAAGGAGCGCAAGGAGCAAUAAGGAUAGAUGACAGUGGAAUACUUUACUAUGACAGGGAACCGGAAAAGGACGCACGAAAUUUCACCAUUCUGAUUUCUGCUCGAACUACCGGAGGACAAUUUUUGGUUGCAACUGCAUGGGUUGAUAUUGCUGUUGACGGAAUAAACUCAUAUCCAGUGAAGGUUAUAGGACCUACACAAAGAACAGGCGUACUAAGCGCAAGUAAACGUGGAACAACAGUGGUCAACUUCGAAUUGACCGACGAAGAUGACGAUGCCGCAAUGCAACUAUCCAUACAAUCGAUCUCAGGGAUGUUCUUAAAUGGAUCCGAGGCAAAGAAUUUGAGCACAGAAAUGUUCAAAGUUCAAAUGAAUGGCAGAAAAGCAGAUCUGGUGCUCAAUACGCUACUCUUUGACCAACCGUUGGUUUCCGUGAGCAUUCGAUUAUUUGCUCAGGAUCUUGCACAUAUAACAGAGCCAUCCGUUUCAGUUGUACAGCAUUUGAUGAUCGUGAGAAAACAUCCUAUGAUAACAGAAGACCCAAUUCCAUUUGGAUUCGGUAAGAUUCCUAAAGUUGUACACGUUUCUGCAGACGAUGCAGAGGGGACGUUCGUCUACGCUCCAACUUUAAUCCAGAGCGUAAUUUCGAAUGGCUCGAGCUUUAACUUCGAAAUUGAAUCACCUUCAAAUGCCUUCACAAUCAAUAACUCGACAGGAGUCAUAACAACAACUCGUUCACUGGAAGACCUCAAUGAGGAGCUACUUACGGUCACUGCAAGUGACCUUAAGGGGGAACAGAGUGCUCAAGUGAAUCUCACUGUGGUUGUCCUGCCUUCUCGUGUGCUCCGUACGGUGUUUGCAGAACGGGAGUAUCAAGGAGAAGUGAAGAAGUCAGAUCCGCAAGGAACUACGGUAGUUGUGGUAGCAGCAAAGGAUAAUAGAGGAGAAGAAGUGAAAUCGUACAAUCUUGACGGUGUCGAUUCAGUUUUCUUCGCUAUCGAUAAUAAGGGUGUGAUUCGUCUAAUGGACUCUAUCGCAAACGUACCUCGAUCUGAAUUGAACUUUGUCGUCAUAGCUGGUAAUGGAACAGCCUCAAGCUCAGUCCCGGUUCAUAUUGUGGUGAUUGCGGACGAAAAUGAAGAAAUUCCCUUUGAGCGAAGCACCUUUGAAAUAAAAGUGAUGGAAAAUUUACCGCUGAACGGAUACGUUUUACAUCCACAGUUUCUCAACGGUGACAACAAACAUGUGGAAUACGCCAUAGAGACGCAAAACGACGCUACAGUAAUCGCAGAUUUGCUCGAAAUUGACGGAAACGGAAGAAUUACCACGAAAGAAGAAUUAUUGGGCUAUGCUGGAACGUAUGAAUUUCGGGUACGAGCCACUAAAGGAGAUCAUCAUGCGUCUGCUGAUGUAAUUAUGCAUAUCCUACCCGCCUACAAAUGUCUUCCUUCAUUUACACCAGAUAAAAAUAUAGAAUUUACCACUGAAGAGAAUGCACCACCUGGAGCAACACUAGGAACAGUGUCAGCGUCACAGUUGAACCCCAAAUGUGAAAUGAAAUACUUGUUAUGGGACCCAACAACCCAUAAGUACACCAAUGAAACCAAAAUCGCUUCAAUUGACACUAGCAAUGGAGUGAUCAGGAGUCGAAUUUCAUUCGACUAUGAGAAACAAGCGAUACAUCCGCUUGUGCUUGGUCUUCAAGCUGGUGCUCAUCAAUUUACUCAAAUGGGUAGCACGAUCCGUGUGAUGGACGUUGACGAUCAUCCGUUAAAAGCACCAAUGGACACCGUAACGGUUGAGGUGCCUGAGGAUACUCCAGUCGGGACCGUCAUCGCUACAAUGCAAGCUAAUGACGUCGACGUUUCACAGACGAUAUUUUAUCGAUUACGGGAAGUAUCAAAGGAGUUCACGGUCAAUUCCACUACAGGAGAGGUGGCACUCGGAUCCGCUCUCGAUAGAGAGACAAAGGAUUUUUAUACUGUACAAGUCGGAGCUUCUAAUGUCGAAGACGUCGACGUUGAUGAAAUUGUGGUAUGGAUGACUCUGAAUAUCAUCGUAAAAGACGUAAAUGACAAUGGACCACUAUUUGAACAAAGCCGUUAUAAUAUUUUGGUUAGCAAGAAUACACUUCCGGGUGAACCGAUAUUGACAGUCCGAGCAUUCGACCCUGAUCAAGCUGAACAAGGAAACGAUAUGAAAGAUGUGUUUUAUCGGAUCAAGGAAAUGCUCUUCGAUUACCAUGGCAUGAGCAGAACAAUGGAAAACAUGUUUUCCGUCGAUCAACACAGUGGAGUCAUACGAAUCGAGAACUCUGUCAGUGAAUUUGUGGGAGGAGUGUUUCACCUUCUUCUUGAGUCCAUGGAUACUCUACAAGCAGAUGCACAUAAGGACCAAUGCAUAAUAAAGGUCUACAUCCAUGAUGACAGUGACGUAGUCCGCAUGGAACUACCUGUACCGUUCGCAGCAUUGACGUACGACAAGAUUUCUACUGUAACGAGCACCAUUUCUAAUGCAACUGGUCUCACCGCCAUGAUCAAAGAUCUGCAAUACCAUCACGAAGAGGGAAAUCUGAUCUAUGAUGUCACUGAUUUACGUUUGGUGUUAGUGAAUCGCACAACAUCCGAGAUAAUCCCAGCAGAGAGAGCUAUCGCGAUUGCAGACAAACGCCGUUCUGCGAUGGGCGAUCGAAUACCAAGCAUGACUAGAGCACAGGUAACGUCCUCACCAGUCACCUAUCAGUCAAUCCCUCCUGUUGCAUACGUGCUCUGCACAUUUGCUUUGUUGUUAACAUUGGUGUUCAUGAUAUUCGCUUUCAUGAUAUGCCAUUAUAGAAGCAGGUAG